AUCAGACUCCCCGUGAUGGCGUCAGCUGAGUGAAACGCUGACAUGACAUCCAGGUCCCACACAGGCAAACUAGGACUUCCGGGUGCUGCUGAUGGUUGCUGUCCUCAACUCCCCAUGAGACUGAGCUAUAUGCAGAGCAAAACCUCUACAGACACCAUAGAAAUCUGUGUGUAACACAUUUAUAUAGCGCUGGGGCGGAAGCCAUAGCAGAUUUGGGAAAGAGUGUGCAGCUGACACCAGCGAGCACUAACAGGCUGCAGCCAAUGGAAGAUGCUCUGCAGAGCUGACACUGAAGAACAGUGAUGAGAAGCUAAGUUCAACUCCUGGAUGCAUGUGAGCCCAUGGAAGCCGGGUCUCCUCUCUCUGCAUCCUUUUGGGUCUCAUGUAAAGCUAAAGAUGAACUUGGCUGCUGUUCCUACAUCUUUUGCAGAGGAGAUGUUAAAAAGCCAGCAUUGCAGAACCCUUAAGAAAACCCCACGAAGCAGGCCCUACAGCUGUGAUGCAUGCUCCAAGCAAUUUGAAACACCAUCAAAGCUGGCAAGGCACUACCUCACCCAUACCGGCCAAAAACCCUUCCAGUGCCGGGACUGCAGUAAGUCAUUUCGCCAGAUGGUGCACCUAGAAAGGCACACUAUGACCCACAUGCUGCUGUUUCAGUGUGAUGUUUGUCACCGGCACUUCAAAAAUGCAGAUACUUUUUCCAAACACCAGCAAUUGCACAUUAAGGGUCUCCGCAGUGAAGGGAGAGCUGCCAAGAAGUCUUCAGGUGCUCGUCAGAGGAACUGCCCUUCCUUACCCGUCUACUGCUUUGGGUGCCAGAGAACAUUUGCCAGUGAAGAGAAGCGACUUCUCCAUCGAUGUGACUUUGUGAAUGUUGCUGCUCACAAGAAACCUGAGCAUCCGCUUUGUGAGUUUUGCAGUAAGGUGUUUCCUUCUCGCUCAAAGCUGGAGAGGCACCUCAUGAUACAUACUGGGCAGAAACCAUUUUCCUGUGCUCUCUGUGGAAAAUCUUUCAGGCAGAAAACACACCUGAAAAUCCACCAACUUACUCACACUCAGGAGAAGCCGUUUCAAUGCAACCAAUGCUAUAAGUCCUUUAAGACACCAGGGAAACUUCUCAAGCAUGAAGAAGUGCAUACAAGCCUAUCCAAUGUUCGGAGAAAAGUAAGGCGCUCUAGGACUGCACCUUUGGAAGUGAAGGAGGAGUCAGAUGAAGUCUUCUCGGUGUAUGUUAUUCCUUUCCAAUGUUCCUCCUGUGAGCAGUGCUUCGAGACUCCAGAAAUCCUGGACAGCCAUACUUGUUUAGUAGCAGACACCAUCAAAACAGUAACUUGUCCUAGAAAAACCUAUAACAAAAGAUCUGUUAAACAAAAUAAAACACAUGAAACUUAUUGGGACUACAACAGUGAGCUUUUUCCAAUGGUCUCCGAACCAGUUGGGAGAUUGAUGAAAACAGAAGACAUGGGAGAAAUGGGACAACUGGACACCAGGGAGCCAUGCUUCCAACAGUUUAGUGACCCCAGAAAUUUAGCCCAAUUGCAUCCACAGCAGAAAGCGAAAGGACGGGGAAGAUACCAAUGGCAGCCCCAAUUGCAUAUGGGAGGACAUUUCCAAAAUCAUCAGUUUGGAAUCGAUAUUCAUGGAAUGCUUGGGAAUAUAAAUGAUCAGUCCAUGCAAAGUACUUUCUGUUCUUAUGAGUCAGGCGAGCCAUUGGAUGAGCAUCACACACUUCACCAUUUUCUCCACAGGGCACAAGGCAUUUCGCUGCAAAGGGACAAAGUGAGCCAGUGUGACCAGUGUGAUAAAAGUUUUCCUUCUAUUUCUAAGCUACGGAGGCAUUACCUUAUCCACACUGGGCAAAAGCCCUUCACGUGCACCGAAUGCGGAAAAACAUUCCGUCAGUCUGCUCAUUUAAAACGCCACCUGGUAACCCACAUACAAAAAUUUCCAUUGCACAGGUCACAGAGUGGGCUAGGGGAUUAUUAUUCAACAUUUGGUCAACAGCAGGAAAACAUAAGUUAUCACUUGCCUCCGCUCACUUACAACCCAACAGAAAGCAUCCAAGACCUUGAUGAAGUAACAACUAUUAUAGUUCCUGAAAUAAAAGUAGAAAUUGAAUCAACUGACUUGUCAAUUAUGAACCAUAAAGCAAAGGUUUGCAAGAAGAGAAGAUUAACCGCGCCAAGAGAUCGCGGCACAAAGUCCCAUCAGGAACGCCCGUUGCAGAAAAUGAGGACUCGAGCGUUGCCAAAAAGUUACAAGUGCAGUGUGUGCACCAAGAACUUUCUUUCCCCUUCCAAACUCGAGCGCCAUUAUCUCAUGCAUGCUGGCCAAAAGCCUUUUGAGUGUCCAGAGUGUGGGAAAUCGUUCCGCCAAGAUCCCCAUCUAAAGCGACAUAUGCUCACACACAUUAGAUUGAAAGACUAAACCAAGGUUGGUGAUACCAGUUAAAGCAGUUGUUCCCAAAGUCGGUCCUCAGGGAUCCUCAAUAGGUCGUGUUUUUCAGGCCACCUAGCAGGUGCACAGGUGUGUUCAUUACUCACUGACACAUUUUAAAAGAUCCACGGGUGGAGCUGAUUAUUUCACUUGUGAUUCUGUGAGGAAACCUGGAAAACAUGAACUGUUAAGGGUCCUUGAAAACUGACUUUGGGAACCACUGAGUUAAAGGAUCAGAUCUUCCAUGUAUUUUAUAAGAAUAUUUCCUAAGUUACACAUUUGCUUGCAGUCUACUUGCUGUUUAGUUCUAGAUUAUAACAAAAUUCAGUAAUUAAGAAUGGAAAAAUAAUGGUAUUAUUUGGUUUUGAACUUGUUAAAUUAUGUUUGUUUUUUGUUUUAUUUUUUGCUAUAUUUCUUUAUUUAGAUUUCCUUUUAGUAUUUUACCAACUUUAUUUGUAACAUGAAGAUUCCUGUGAGUGACAAGUUGUAAGUAUAACUAAUGUUCUGAAUAGCCAGAAAAAAAUCCUAAUAGCAAAUUUGGCAAAUUUCUGUAAUUUCAGAGAAUUCUGGUUGUCUAAAUAAAAAAAAUAAAAACUUU